AUGGCGUUUUGUGUUGGUGUUUCGCGUAUUAGAAUACUGGAAAAGUGCCCGAAAACGUGAGGGUAGAAUGUUUUCCUAAUGUACAUUACUUUAAGUGAAUAUAAAACAAGUUCGUUAGCAACUAGGAGACAACUGGGAUGCUCGAAUGGCCUAAUUUACGACACAAUGAGUAUAGAAAUAAUCUGUCUGAGGAAUUUUGGUUUCGACCAGGCCAGUUCCGUAUUCUAACAGGCCUAAUCCAGUCGGCGCCAAUUCAGGUUAAUUGUACUGUUUUAUGCAUUGCCUUGUAGAUACUUCAAGCACCUCUAUUUUGGAACCAAACUGUAUGAAUUGGAAAUUAUUGUGUGGUGUGUGACGGAUUGUUGGGCACGAGUCAGACACCUUUGCAGGCCAUGCUUACGAGUUCAUUCAUAGGUGCGGGUUCUCAGUAAUGUUAGUGGGUAGGGUAGCCGUUAAGCUGUGUAAUUAGUACACCGGUCACCACUUAUUGACAAUGAAGGCUUUAGCCCAUGUUAGGUCAGAAGGGUGCAUCUAGUGUCCUUGGGAUAUGGGUGGGUGGUGGUUUGCAUAGUGGUGUGGUGGCCUGCCAUGCAGUCGGAGCCGGGCCGGUACAUCAACUCAGUGUCAGAUCUGUACGGCGCAGACGAGAUUGAAGUUCUUUUGGAAGAGAUCCGCGACCUGGAGCCAGCCAGCUGCAGACCAGAGGAUAUCCAGGACUUUGAGAUCGCUGGCAGCCAGACGGGGGUAGCCACCACAGAAAUUGACUGCGAAUCCCCAGCUGUCACGGUCCGGUCCUGGGACUCCCAUGCCAACUAUCGCCAUCAACUGCCUGAAUCUCCCCCCACCGCUUCACUUUUCUCUGGAGUGAUCCUGUACUGUGAUGAAACUCAUCUCAAGUCAUCCACUGGAGUUGUACGGGUUCUGCUAGUGGUCUCGUCUGUUGCUUGUUUAGCUUGCCUGUGCUCAUCGGGGACGGUGAAGGUGGGACUGUUCAUGCUUCCGCUGGUUGGCCGCCUACGCCUUAUGAUGUUUGUGACGGUGUUCAGCCUCCUUGUGACAUGUUUAUUCAUUUUCUUGGACAUAUCACACAUUGUUUAUUUCUUUCCAUUUAACUGGGGAAAGUUGAAUGCGUUGUUCUAUGUGGGUGUGAGUGUGCUGUACCUCAUUGGCUCAUCGCUUGUUAUCCACCUCAUUCAUAUGUACCAUGAGUCCUAUUCCUGGGUCCCUAAGUGGACUCGGGAUCAGCUCUUAGUCACUGGGAUCUUGGGUUAUGUGUGUGCACUAGAGGCAUUGCUGCUCUCGAUCAUCACGAGGCACAGUGCAUUGAAGUACAGUCCUGUGGAUGAGGAUCCCAGCCAAAUGACUCUCCAGGAGAGACGGGACAGAGAGCUGCAGCCCAUGAGUGGGUCUCGGUCUCCGUCAUCCACAUCUUUGAAACUCCAAGUUCCUCCCCCAAACCAGCUGCCAUCUUUGCAGCAGUCGAAACAACAGCAGCAGCAGUGGGUUGCCAUAGCCUCCACCUCAGCCCCUGCGCCUCGAGUGUGGCCAGUGGAUGAUGUCCAGCCAUGUUCUUCCAAAUAUCCGGACCCUUACAUGGUCGCAUGAUAGUGCGCCAUGCCCUAGCAUGUUUAACCUUUGCACUGGGUCACAGCUAUGCCGUGUCCCUUAUGGUACCAUCAUCACCACUGCCAGUAUGAUGAUAAUGAUGCUGGGAGGAAGAUCUACUUUUUUAACGUUGUGGUCUUGUGCAGUUCUGGACAGGCCUGUGACAUGACAAAUCAGUUUCUCAGUCUGAUCACUUUAGAUUUGAACUAUCCCUCUUUUGAAUAGAGCAUUGUGACCUGUAGAAAGGAAAUGCAUGUAUGUCUUGUAGACAGGUGUUAGAAUGUUGACGCAGAUUUUGUGGGAGUCCCUUUCUGAUUCAUUCUUAAACCUUUCCAGUUCAUUUAAGAUGAAAUGCUUUGAUGGGGCUCUGAACAAGAUAUCUCCCAAUCCUGCAACUCUGGUUAUGUUGAGUUUACCAUUACAGGCUGGAACAUUGUUAAGAAUAUCGCGAUACACUUGAGUGUGCCAUAAAACUGGUGGAAAGAGAAUACCAGUGGCACACCCAGCACAUGUGUUAACUGGAAAGUGUUAAUGAUAGCUUUUUUAAUUUAUGGUUGUCAUGCUUUGACAGCUUGAAUUUAAUAUUGAGUGAUGCUGUUUAGUUUCAUUUGUUAGUUAAUGAAGUUACAUAAGUUGAAGAAUUUGUGUGAAACCAAACUGUAACAUCCAUUUUCAUACUUGAUUUCUGUAUGGCUUGAUUUCACCACUCAAGAGUCAUAAAUGUUACGAGAGGUUUGGUAACAGUACUAGCCAUGAAAGCAUUUAAAUUCCAUAUUUGAGAGACAAUUCUUUUUUUAAAUGUCCAGUUAAAAAUUUUAAAUUUUUUAAAAGUUUCUGAUGAUUCUGAGUACUACAGUUUCCUUCAUUAUUGGAGAAACUUGUAAAUAACUUUUUUGUAACGCCAGUAGCCGUGUUUCAAAAUCUGCAGAUUAAGAAAAUUGUAUAUAGGAGAUGAGGCCCUGUACCUCAUUAUAUUAAUUAUAGUUUUUAUUAGAUAAAUCUUUGUGUUAUGUGUAUUUUAAUGCAAGAAAAUCAGUGAGUUUGGCUUGUCACUUUCUGUCUCCUUCCCCUCAGUAUGUUACAGCGUACAAGACAAAUAGAUCAGGAAUACAACAUUUCGCAUGGAAAUGGAAUGGAAGUAGCGUGUUUGGUUCCUAGAUUAGUGGCAGGCCUGCCUAGAAUUGCUUUGGCCUUGACACGGGUAAAAAAUUGCAGUGCUGAUAUUAGUAACACUGGUGUUAGCAGAAAAUGGUUGUUAAAACAAAAGUAAGAUAGUGGGAUGCUGGGUGUAAGUCCCAGAGGCAGUUUAAGAAGUGAAAUCUCUUUGUGUUUGCUGAAUGCUGUGUCCCUCACAGACAAAUGAGUAUUUGCAUCGUUCUUGGACUUGGUAUGAAUGGUAAAUAGGCAGACAGACUCAUGACUGUUGAUCUGCGUAGGCUCUGUUAUGGGCCUGGUUAAGUCCAUCUUUCAAGAUAAUGAAGUCACUUAACCUAAAGUACUUCAAAAGGGCACAAGUAUAUUUGUCUCUUAUGUUUUCAAUAUUGUGUUUAAGUCAGUUUAUGUGAGAACAUAAACAUUGUGAUAGAGUGGAUAGCAAUCAUGCCUUUUCCUGGGUUCAGGUCUUGGCACAGACCGACUAUCCUGACUGAGGGUUUUGUGGUUUUCCUCAGUCCUGCCAGGCAGCUGCUGGGAUGUUGCUUCACAGUAGGCCAUGGCCAGUUUUUUCCUCAUUCAUUCCAAUUUAUUAUCCAGUGUCUAGUCAUUUGAAGCCAAAUAAUCCUUUUGAAAUCAUUGUUAACUAAGCCUAUGAGAGCAUGACUGACCCCAUGGAGCGGAGGCCUUCUUGAGCAUGCACCAUGCAACAACAUCAAGAUUUAAAAAUUAAAUGCUUUUUAAAAUUUGUCACUGCACUGAAUGUUUUGGCCUACUUGGCCAUCAUCAGGUGCGUCGGAAUUUUGGCGAACUGCCAUGCCCUGUGCGCUGCUGCAGUCGGUGUUUGCACAUUUAUAAUAUUUUUAAAUGAAGUGAGUCUAGUUCCUCCCUCUUUGCCACAUGUAUUGUCUUUUUGGUAUGCCUGUUGUCUAUCGAGUGUGCAGUAUGGAUGUAUGGGAACUGCCCACAUUCAAGCAAGCGGACAACGCAAGCGUCAUUGCUUAGCAACAACGAGUAAACAAUGG